AUGCAGAUCGACAGCAGCAUAAGGUUCAGCGAUGUGGAGCAUGCGAUCUGGGAUUGCAUACGCAGGGACGACAUGACACAUAUAAUUGAGCUGUCCAAACGCGCAUAUGGCGGUUGGAAGGCAGACGGAACGACAAUCUCUCCACUCACGCAGUUCAUGCUGGUCAAGCGGAUGUGUUCGGUCGAUGGAAUCUUGGCUGGGAUCUAUGCGACAAUGCAGACAGAAAUGCGCGGCGAUUUGGACGACUGCACCAUGCUUUUUGCGGCGCUGCUAGCGGACCAGGACGUCGGGCUGCUCAUGCGCUCGCUAUCAGCGCACGAUAUGGUCAAGCAGGCAUUCAUGGUAUUUCGUGACGCUGAGUCUCGGACCGCAUGGACCACCACGGGUAAAUUCACAGCCACCGAGUCAAUUUACGCAGUACUGGCCGACAGUCUGGCACGCACCGAUGACAUCCGCGCAAUUACGUUUCUGACGCGCACUGCACUGCGAUCUGGGGUUACGGCAUCGGUGCAUUACUAUACGGCGAUUAUCUGCGGGCUGACGCGGAAAGGCAAGCCGGCACAGAUGGGCGAGUUCUUUCUGCGCAAAACACAGGUCGCAGAUUCUUUGCUGGCAGAUAUGAAGCGGUGCAAUAUUAAGCGGCCAGCGAAGGUAUACCACUCGCUGAUGUAUGCGUGGGCGAUACUGAAGCAGCCAAAGCAGGUGCGCGCAUAUUUUGAGGAGCUUUGCAUGCUGCAAAGCAGUGAAUCGAGCAGCGGUAUCUUGGUCAGCGAGGUGACAUGGGGCAUACUAAUGUAUGCGUAUGUACGUUCUGGCGACGUUGCUGGCGUGAUGAGUGUUUUGCGUGAGGCUUCUGAAUGGCUCCUGUCCAACUCUCAGCGAUCCCCUUCGGCUGUGGAUGCUGAAAGCUGUACUGAGCACGCCCGUACAAGCUAUCUGCUCAACAUGGCUAUGUCCUCGCUCCUUUCCGCCAAAGAUCCGCACACAGCGCUCUCGCUGCUCGAUGAAAACAUCUCGCAGCCCACCGCUCUGCACGCUAGCUCAGGCGACCCUGUGACUCUCAACCUCAUCAUGCGUGCGCUGCUCUCGGACAAGCAACUCCCAAAGGCCCUGAGCGUCUAUGACCAAAUCCACGCGCAGUAUGAGCUGCCCGAAUCGCCAUCGGAUCUAACCAUGGUGCUGCGGUACUGCAUCCAGACAAGCGAUGUCAACGGGGCAUUUGCGUUAGUUGGCCGGAUCAUGCAGACUGGUGCGUCGCUGACUGACCACCAGUGGCAUGCGUUUAUGCGACUGUGUGUGUACAAAUGCAGCCCGGAUACGGUCCUGUAUAUCUACGAUCAGAUCUGUAAGCUGGCUGGCGUUGACGGGAUAAAGGAUGUCCCCAAGCUGCUGGUGCGGUUUCCCGAUAUCGCUGACUGGGUGUGUACGGCUAUGGAGGACAUGAAGCGGAUUGCAGAUGCACGGACUGUUCGGCGAUCGCUCUCCUCGACUGAUUCUUCAUUGCUGCUGCCGCCAGUGAAGUCUAUAGCGGUCCAAACAAACCGGGCAAAGUGCCUGUCGCUGUAUCGUGGCCUACUACGUCAAGUGCGUGGAUUUCCGAUACCGGAGAUGCGGGCCAAGCUCAAGCAUAACGCGCGGUUCACAUUCGAGCUCUACCGUGACCUACCCACGAAUGACCCGCAGAUUGCACGGCUGGUGGACGAGGGCCAGAGCCAGAUCAAAUGGCUGCAGGGCUGGCAUGCUGACGGAGGCCAGCUGCUGGUCCGAAAAGAAUCGAGAUAG